AUUUUACUUUAGUUACGAUGAUUAAGAUUUGGAGUAUGAAAGCCAAAGAGGCUGCUGCUGAAAAGAAGAAACCAAAAACAAGUGCAGCUCAAAUUCGUGUACAAAAAGACUUAUCUGAAUUAGAAAUUCCUAGUACUAUCAAGAUGGAUUUCCCUGAUCCUGCUGAUAUCCUUAACUUUAGGAUUAUUAUUACACCAGAUGAAGGAUUUUAUAAGAACGGUUCCUUCACAUUCAAAUUUGCUAUCAAUCAAAACUAUCCACAUGAACCACCAAAAGUACGCUGUGUACAAAAGAUUUAUCAUCCUAAUAUUGAUUUGGAAGGAAACAUUUGUUUGAAUAUAUUACGGGAAGAUUGGAAACCUGUAUUAUCACUACAUUCCAUUAUGGUUGGUUUACAAUAUCUAUUCUUGGAACCUAAUGCUGAUGAUCCACUAAACAAAGAGGCGGCCGAGGAUUUACGAAGAAAUCGACAACAAUUUGCUGAACAUGUGAAGAAAUCAAUGGAAGGCAAUACUAUCAAUGGUAUCCUCUAUGACCGUGUUUGAAUCCACUAUUUAUAUAUCAUGUCUAUUAUUAGUCUUUUUGUUAUAUCUCUUUACAAAUAAAGCAUCAAUUUUUAUAUGUCUUUCCAAGGA